CUUAUACUCAAAAACAAACGAGCUGAUAGCGACAACAGCAUCACACCCCGUCCAAAAACUGCCCCAUCUGCACCGAGACUGGAACAAGGAAAGCUAAACAAUCACGUUUUGAACUCUCUUGUUCUGCGCGUGAAUCUCGUUUUUUGUUUAUGUUUUCGUAGUUGGUCGGCGCGAGGUAAUGAUUUCGCUGCGCGUGAGUGUGUAAAGAGAUAGCGUUCGUUAAAUACACAGAGACGUCUCAAGUGUCGGGUGCGCGCUAAUGAAUAGACUUCACUGAAUGGAUUUUUAUAUUUAGAGCUUUAAUGCGCCGCAUUUCUCGGGGGCAAUAGUAGACAGCGAGGCAGAAACGAGACACACAUGCAGCAUGGCAUUUUUUAUUACAUUUUAAGGUCCAAGAAACAUACGGACAGCUCGAAGAGGAGACGCUGUCCGUUUUAAAGCGGGUUUCGGUGCUGUAUCGCGGUGUAAACUCCGGCCGGGUUACAAAAUGAUGACUGGCGGGGCAGUUCAGCAGAACGGGAUCUUCUCCACUCCUCAGCACCUCUCACAGUCACCACACGUGGAUUCGGACACCUCCGAUUCCCGAAAGAGACCACUGGAAACACCGACCGAAGCGAGCAGCAGCAAGCGCUCCAACACCGGCGAGGAGGGUGAAUAUUUCCUGAAGGUGUUGAUUCCCAGCUAUGCUGCUGGUUCGAUCAUCGGUAAAGGGGGACAGACCAUCGUCCAGCUUCAGAAAGAGACUGGAGCCACCAUCAAACUGUCCAAAUCCAAAGACUUCUACCCAGGUACGACAGAGCGUGUUUGUUUGAUUCAGGGUACGGUGGAAGCGCUGAAUGGAGUCCAUAACUUUAUCGCUGAAAAAGUUCGUGAGAUGCCUCAGAGCAGUCAAAAGACUGAGCCAGUGAGCAUUCUCCAGCCACAGACUACUGUUAACCCAGACCGCAUUAAACAGGCUAAACUGAUCGUGCCCAAUAGCACUGCUGGGCUCAUCAUCGGUAAAGGUGGAGCUACAGUUAAGGCUGUGAUGGAGCAAUCAGGAGCCUGGGUGCAGCUUUCUCAGAAGCCUGAGGGCAUCAAUCUUCAGGAGCGCGUUGUGACGGUGAGCGGGGAGCCAGAGCAGAACCGCAAGGCUGUGGAGAUCAUUGUUCAGAAGAUACAGGAGGACCCACAGAGCAGUAGCUGUCUCAAUAUCAGUUACUCUAACAUCACUGGUCCCGUGGCAAACUCCAACCCUACCGGUUCCCCCUUUGCCAACUCUACAGAGGUCUUACCCAAUGCCGCGGCGGCAGCUACGGCCUCCACACUGCUUGGCCAGGCGGGCCUUGCAGGCAUGGGAGGUUUCCCUACCGCUAUGUCUAGUUUCUCUGGUAAUGAUCUGCUUGCCAUUACGUCUGCCCUGAACACUUUGGCCAGUUAUGGCUACAACACCAAUACAUUGGGGCUAGGCCUCAACCCGGCCGCUGCAUCUGGAGUUCUUGCUGCUGUUGCAGCUAGUGCCAAUCCUGCUGCUGCAGCUGCUGCCAACCUGCUUGCCACAUAUGCCAGUGAGGCUUCUGGAGGGGGCGGUCACCCUGCAUCACAUAGCUUAGGGGGCUUCUCGCUGGGCUCUCUAGCAGCCGCCACAGGGGCAUCUAAUGGGUACCUGAACCCUUCAUCCCCACUGGUGGCAUCAUCUCUGCUAGGAACAGAGAAGCUGGCAGAAGGUGGAAAGGAGGUGGUUGAGAUUGCUGUGCCAGAGAACUUGGUUGGUGCCAUCUUGGGAAAGGGUGGCAAGACUCUGGUGGAGUAUCAGGAGCUGACAGGGGCACGAAUUCAGAUCUCCAAGAAGGGAGAGUUCAUUCCAGGCACACGCAAUCGCAAAGUGACCAUCACAGGGUCACCAGCGGCAACACAGGCAGCCCAGUAUCUCAUCAGCCAGCGAAUCACAUAUGAGCAAGGGGUCCGUGCCACCAACCCUCAAAAGGUGGGCUAGAGAUAGGCCGGAACGGGGAGGAGAACAACAAAAAUUGGAAGGAAAGGAAAAGUGAGAAUGAAUAGAUGAAUGGAUGAAUGAAAGAGAGGAAGAAUUGACAGGGUUGGAGCUAAAAUCAUGGCCAAAUAUUUCAACAAAAUAAGGACAAAAAAAAAAAAAUGGGGGAAAAAAAGACCGGAAAGAACUGUGGAUAGAUAAUCUGUUUGGGGAGAAAUUGUGAAAAAUUGAUAUUUUGUGACUGAAAUUCUGCUGUAUUUUUAAAGUUGUGUUAAGUUGUGUAGGUCUGAGUAUUGUGCCCUGGGGCACUCAGAGGAGAAGUUAGAACUUCCUCUCUCUUAGCCAGGGUUUUUUUGGAUUCUGUUUUCAGAUGUUUGCUUCCAUUGCAGAGCCCUCACACUUUAGUUCAUUACCUGAUACACACCCAGAGCAAGGAGAUUGGAGUUUGAAAUGGUCCCUCUUUUAAUUGUUUUGAUAUCAGUAAAUUCAGUCUCCACAACUAUUAGUGUAGGCCAUAAAUGAAAAGGUUAUCUUGUUGGGUCAAAUACUGAGAAGAUACCGAUGAUGAAUUUUACUAACUCGUGAUUUUUCCCUUAUUGUUUUCAACUGAGACUUAAUCUGAAACACCUGCUGGAAGCUUUCAAUCUGCAUUACAUUACUGAAUUUCUGUGAUUAGUCUCCAUUAUGGUUAGUUUACACAUGGUCACACCCGGUUUCUUUUAGUUUUACUAAAACCUGUGAUUCCAGGUUGACCUGAAUGUAUAAAGACUUCCUUAUAUUGUUGGGUUUUUUUAUAUUCAAAUUGAGAUGCUGUUGAGAGUAGAUACCUAAACUUCAUCCACAGACAGACAGAAUAUGUCAAAUGUCAGAUACUCAACAUUAGAGAACAGGAAUGUAAACCACACACAAUUACACCCACCUAUACAUCUUUACAUCCAAACAAACUCGCAUGUGCAGUUUAGUCACAGGAUCCCACUUUGGUGCUAUAAGAAAAGACAUGAGAUCAAACUUUGAAGAGAUUAUGUUGUCAUAUCUACUGAUUUUAGUAUUUGUGGCUGAGUUUCUUGUAGCCCUCAUUAAGUAUUACAGGGCAUUUUGUGAUUUACUCUGACAGUGAGUGGAUAUUCUAAAGAUCAAGCCAGAACAGAGACAAAACAGUGAGGUCGUAAAAACUUCUGUUUUGACUCACUAACUUUUAUUUCUCACUACAGCAAACUUUUGGACACACUACCAAGGAAUUUAAGUCCUUAGAAUCCUGAACUUGAAGAAUAAUUGGACCUGUUUAGACAGAUGUACCUCUUAACUCCUCCUCUUCCUCUGAUUGGAGGAGCCAGGCAAUGUCUGUGCCUGUUUUGUUCGAAAGGAACUCAGGUUGUCAUACCUCAUGUUUGAGAAGAAGGAGAACAAUUUCCAGUUUGUAUGCAGUAGAGCAAAGUCUUAGGUGCAUUACAAAUGUCGCUUUGUUCACGUCGUGGUUAAUCCCUGUUUGCAUCAAUCUGUCAGCAAAAGUGCGGUUGAGGUAGUGAACGAGAGACUAAAAUGACCUACAGCUUUUGUGACCUAAUUGAACUGAUUCCAAUGCCAGAGGAUGCCACUGUCAUGACUGUCAGCUUUCAGCCUUCUUCUGUACAGCAAUGUUACUGCAAGGCAAACUCUUGCAGAUGAACUGAUCUCAUAUCUGCUUCCUUUUAGAAACCAAACAUCUAAAGGCUCCUAAAGCAUUGCUGGAGAGUUUCAUUUGCCCACCACCUUUCCACUGAUCAACUGGUUGUUUUCUUGUGCACCGGUGGUGAUAGUUAAUCAUUAGUUAAUUCCACAGUUGUAAACUGCAUUAAAGUGUUUUGCUGCUAACAGCAUUUUUGGUCUUGCCAGCAAUUGGCUCUUGCAUGGAGAGUGAGCAGGAGCUCCUGUACAGAGCGAGUGAUCGUCUCUGAACCACACUGUGAAUCCAGCAGCCUGAUGCCAUCACAACUAUGAAAUGUACUGUACAUAUUAAACCAUCAAGGGUGUGUCCGUUAAGACAGCAUGACGGAAUAAAGCAAUGAAACAGUGCGAGCACAAGAACACAGGCCACAAAGCCCUGCUGUAGGAAUGACUACCUGUAGUUUACUUUGCUCUUUAGAUAAACUGGAGUUCGCCGAGGUUCAGAUUCCCCCGCCAUGCCCAGGCCUGUCAUUAAUUAGCAGAUCUCCAUUUGAACCCUGGACUUCUAUAUAGAGUAUAAGGACACUGCACAGCCCAAUCUACUGCUGACCUACAUACACACUCUAAAAGACAUUCAUCAUCUCCCUCAACUACCAUUUCUCUAAUCUACUCUGUAUGGGGGGAGCGGAAACGUAGAAAAAGGAGGGAAGAGACAGAGAGAGAGAGAGAGAGAGAGAGAGAGCGAUCAAGAGAGGGAGAGAGUAACCUAUUUAUAUCCAUUGCAUAAUUGCCAGAAAUAUUAUCAUAAAGUGCAUUUUCCAUCUCUCAUGAUUGCUAUUUUCUAAUACAGUUUAAAGUUUGACAUACCAUGUUACAGUUCAUAUAUUCCCUAUUAAUAUUUACUGUAUUUGAGUACCAGCCGUAAGACAUCAGGUUCUCCCGAGUAGUAGUUAUUCAAUACUGUUUGGAGAUCAAACUGUGUACCUGAUUUCAGAAGCACAAGCACUAGAGUUGGUGCAGCAAUAUGAGGGUAAUAUGAUUACUGACAAGGGAGAUUCAUUUAUAUUCGGAGAAAUACAAUUAUAUUUGUUGAAAAUAAACUUGAUGUUUAAAGAUUAUACACUCAUGACUCUAGGAGUAAGUCCUUCUCUCACUCUCUUCUAGUCUCUUGUCCUCCUCCUGUUUUUGGACUACCUCUUUAUCUUUCAGAUAGAGCCUCUUAUGUCUUGCCCUCUUACCAGUUGUUUUCUGUUUCUCUGCUCCUGUCCCCUCUCGCUUUCUUGCUCUCCAGGCUGCCGGUCGCCACGGAUGUGUUGUGUGUGUAUUGUGGGGGUUUUGUGUCUCUGCAGGGGUCGAUGUGUAUUCUGCCCUGUGCUGUGAACACCUUACCUCUGAACUAAUACACCACAUAGUCCAACAUUAAUACUCAUGAUUAGAUUCUCACGCUCUCAUUGAGGAUCUGCCUGAUAAUGAUUCAGUAGUCUACCUUAAAGUAGCUAGAACAGGGAAUUUGUACGCUGAGAGAACAAGGUGUGUAAACCCAGAGGAAGGAACUCUGGGUUAAAAAAAGGAAAAAAACAAACAAAAAACAAUGACGGAUGGGAGAUGGAUGUGAUAGCCACCUCAAACUCAAAUGAUGAAUUCACCAUCUUUUGAGCUCUGUGUUCUCUCUCUUCUCUGUGAGAGCUAUCUAAGAUCAUUUCUGCAUUUUUCCUUCAUUUAAAAAAAAUGAAACUGUGGAAUCUGUCGCGUCUCAUGUUCUUUGUGUAUUUUGGUGUAGUUCCUCUAGUUUGUGGUCUAAAUGCAAUCUUGCGCUGUUGGUUUCAGUGUGUGAUUAUCCGUUAUUCUUGUGUGAAUGAUGAAAGUGCCAAUCAAGCCUGGUUAAGAUUAGCUUUGCGAUUUGUUUGUGCUUUAGAGUUGCUCUCUUUGGAGAGCUGGUGUCCAUAGCUACGUCACUGAUAAUUUUAGAUUGACUUAAAAUGUAAAGAACUAUUGGAAGCAAUAUUGUAGCAUGUUGUCAAGUUUUGUGUUUUGUUAUGUCUGUUGUAUGAGCCUUUGGAUUUACUACAAAUUUUGAAUGAAUAGGUUUACAUGUACUUUUUUGUAAUACCGUAAGUUGAAAAAAACUAAAAUUUAAAAAAUGCUGCUAUUUGAUAAGUGAAAAAUACAGAAAUAUUUUAGUCGGGAAAAAAAAAACAAUGUCUGGUCUGUUGAUUAGGAUUGUACUCGUUUUCUACAGGGGUAUAAACGAGGUGUAUCAAUAUUAAUUACAUAGACGCAGAAAUAAUAGUCAACCUGUGCCAAACUAGACCUUCACAGCUUCAUGUAGUGUGUGAUGAAACAUUAGAUAUCGAUAACUUAUUUAGAAGCAUUGAACAAGUGCCAAUCAAUCAAUAUAUUUUAGUUCAAAUGAAAAGAUAAUCAAUAAAGGAAAAAAAAGAUGACAUAGCACAAUGUUAGUAUUGUUUUUACCCCAUUGUUUUUAAUACACUCAGUAGAGGCAUCCUGUGCAUUUGUUUGACCUGUGGCUUCCGCACUGCUUUUAAGUCAUAUUGUCUCUGUAGGUCGGCAUGGAGUAGGCAUACACAUGUUAUACACAUGUUAUUAAGCAUUCAUAACACAACCAUUUAUGAAAGUGUGUUUCGUGGAUUUAGGUGUUAUAUUUUUGCACGUCUCUAUUGCAUGAUAUCCAAGUGAAUUAAUGAGGGGUGGUAAAUCAAAACAAACAGACAAGCAAACAUGAAAAAAUUAACAAAUUGUUUUGUGUCUUGUGUCGCUCUGAGACACAGUUCUGAAUGUGUCCGAAACGGAGCACUCUUUCUUUUUGUCACUUCAUUUCUUUUUCUUUGGUUUAGUACUGCUUGUUUUUCUCAGUCAGAUGGGUGUGGUCUUUUAAAGGCCAAUACACAUAGGCCUAAGAACGGCAGCGUAACCAUGGGAACUGGAGUCAAUUUAGGAAUUUAUGAAAGCAAGAGGAUUCCAGUUCACGACAAUGAAAUGCAUUCGUGUGAGACUCCAUCUUUUGGCCUCUAAUUUCAGGGGGAAAAUACCCAUGCAUGGAAAUGUCAUUUCAGUUCAGAUUUUCUGCCUUUAUGGUCAUAUUUUGUCGUAUGAGAAAUUGCAUUUAUUGGUUUCAGACUUCUCUAAUUUCUCAGCUUGAUUCUCCUAACCCCACAUGUAAUUUAUGAAUGUAUUUACAUUUGCAUAAACUGAAACAAAAUGUUAUUUCAAUGUUAAAUGUCUUUUAGGUGUGAUGUUUACGGCGGAGGUUGUAAAGUUCAUGUAGCUCGAUCAUAUCUGUCAGUGUUAGGAAGGCCCAGAGCCACAUUAGCACCCAAAUUAAUUUCUCUCUUCCUGUCUGCUGAUGCAUCAAAUGCACUUUACUGAGCAUUAGGUCCCAUCACAAACACACACAGUGUAACCUUCUACUGGAUGCAAAACUGAACCAAGCAACCUGUUUUUAACUUGGGAAAACUUUGACAGAUAUAUUGUUGUUUUUCCUGUUGUUGUGUUUUUAUUAUUUGCAUUCUUUGGUGUUUGUAAAUGAGUUGUACUUUUUUAAAGUGUGUUUAUUUUUGUAUUUUUGUUCAUUUCGGGGAGGAGAGGUCAGAAGGAGAUUGUAUGAUAUCUGUCCUGCAUUCCACUGUCUCUCCUUCUACAUUCCCUUCUGUGUGUGUGAGUGUGUGAGAGAGAGAGCGUGAAUGAGAAUGUUUGCAUGGGUGUGUGUUUGUGAGUGUCUACAUAAUGACACGCAGACACUGUUGUUACCAUUGUAAUUGCCAACUAUGUGAAGCUGAACUGCUUUGAAAGUGAAAGGUGUUAUUUUUGAUUUUUAAAACUGUUCGUUCUCUUCAGUUUAGAAGAAUGGAAAAUAAAUUGCAGAAACCUC